AUGGGUCUCGUAAAGAUUUCCUUGUCUCUCUUUUGUAUCUUCUGUAUCACUAUCCUUCCUUCGUCUCUCGCUCAAGACUCCCCUCAAGACUAUGUUGAUGCUCACAAUAUUGCUCGUUCUCAAGUGAGCGCUGUCCAAGUUGGCAUCAAACCCAUCCAGUGGGAUGAAGAACUUGCAAACUACGCUACACAAUAUGCCAAUGAACGUAGCAACGACUGUCAAUUGUUGCACUCUAAUGGGCCUUAUGGCGAGAAUCUUGCAAUGCAUUCUAGUGGAAUGACAGGCAUUGAAGCAGUUCAAAUGUGGGUGGAUGAGCAACAAUUCUACGAUUAUGCCUCCAACACCUGCACGGAAGGAAAAAUGUGCGGCCACUACACUCAAGUGGUGUGGCAAAACACAACAAAAGUUGGAUGUGCAAAAGUGAGGUGCAACAAUGGCGGUACAUUCAUCACCUGCAACUAUGACCCACCAGGCAAUGUCAUUGGCGAGUGGCCAUAUUAAACGACCCUUCAAUUUAAAGAAUAAACUAUAAAGCGUGCAAGUUUUAUAUUAUGUUUAUGACAUCAUGUUCACAAUUUUAAAUGAGUUAAAGGAUUUUAUGAAGAAAAGAUACCUAAAAUAUUUU